UAGGGCUUGGCGGCGUAUCCGAGACUGAAAAAAAUAGCUUCCCCCUCCCCAGCCAGACUCCCCUACCAGCUGCGCGGAGCCUAACCUAAAGCUUGGUCCGGGCUGACCUGAGGGAGUUGCAGCCGGGAGCGCCAGGCGAGGGGUGGAGAGGGAGCUCACCUGCUGCUCCCUGAAGUGCUUCCCCCUCCCAGCCCCGCCCCUACCUUUUCCUGAAGACCCUUUCCCCAUCUCCCCUGUGCUACACGCCUGCCCCCCAGAAGUAACUUUUGCACUCUCUCCUAGCCCCCGGUCCUCUUUACCAGAGGCUGCGGCAAGCACGAGCCCGGGGGCUGCUAGAAGGGCUGGCUGCCUCUCGCCAGAGUCCCACUUUCCUCCUGGGCUUGGUUUGCAUCACCCCUAUCUUACCCUCGGUUUCGAGGAACCUGCCCUGCUCCCUCUCAUUACAGGCUUCCGGCUGGUGACUAUUCCACCCCCCCCACCCCUUUUCAUCCUCUCUUAUUAGACCUUUUCCUUUUAUUUUUCCUCCCUCUCCUUUCUGUUCCCACCCCCCUUUAUUUUUUCCCCUUUGGCUGGAAAAGGAUGGUUGACUUGGAGAGCGAGGUUCCCCCUCUGCCCCCAAGAUACAGGUUUCGGGAUUUGCUGCUAGGGGAUCAAGGGUGGCAGAACGACGACAGAGUACAAGUUGAAUUUUAUAUGAAUGAAAAUACAUUCAAAGAGAGGUUAAAAUUAUUUUUCAUCAAAAAUCAGCGAUCAAGUCUAAGAAUACGCUUGUUCAAUUUUUCCCUCAAGGUAUUAAGCUGCUUAUUAUAUAUAAUUCGAGUACUUCUGGAUCCUCCACCACAAGGAAAUAAAUGGUAUCAUAUCUUUUGGGUCACAAGAUGUCUACCAUUAUGGGGCUUACAGGUUUCAGUGGCCUUGAUAAGUCUCUUUGAAACAGUGUUACUUGGUUACCUGAGUUAUAAGGGAAAUAUCUGGGAGCAGAUUUUACGCAUCCCCUUCAUCCUGGAAAUCAUUAAUGCUGUCCCCUUCAUCAUCUCAAUAUUCUGGCCUUCCUUAAGAAAUCUAUUCAUCCCUGUCUUUCUAAAUUGUUGGCUUGCCAAACAUGCUUUGGAAAAUAUGAUUAAUGAUCUUCAUAGAGCCAUUCAGCGGACACAAUCAGCAAUGUUUAAUCAAGUUUUGAUUUUAAUAUCCACAUUACUUUGUCUUAUCUUCACCUGUAUUUGUGGAAUUCAGCAUCUUGAGCGAGCAGGGAAGAAACUGACUCUCUUUGACUCCCUUUAUUUCUGCAUUGUGACCUUUUCUACUGUGGGCUUUGGGGAUGUCACACCUGAGACAGCGCUCUCCAAGCUUUUCGUUGUCAUUAUGAUCUGUGUUGCUCUUGUAGUCUUACCCAUACAGUUUGAACAGCUGGCCUUUUUGUGGAUGGAGAGACAGAAGUCUGGUGGAAACUACAGUCGUCACAGAGCUCAGACAGAGAAGCAUGUUGUCCUGUGUGUUAGCUCCCUGAAGAUUGAUUUACUUAUGGAUUUUUUAAAUGAGUUUUAUGCUCAUCCAAGACUACAGGAUUAUUAUGUGGUAAUUUUAUGUCCAACUGAAAUAGAUAUUCAGGUUCGAAGAGUCCUUCAGAUUCCAAUGUGGUCCCAAAGAGUCAUCUACCUACAAGGUUCAGCCCUGAAAGAUCAGGAUCUAUUGAGAGCAAAGAUGGAUGAUGCUGAGGCUUGUUUCAUCCUAAGUAGUCGAUGUGAAGUCGACCGGACAUCAUCAGAUCACCAAACAAUUCUGAGGGCAUGGGCAGUUAAAGAUUUUGCUCCAAAUUGUCCUUUGUAUGUCCAGAUACUGAAGCCUGAAAACAAAUUCCACAUCAAAUUUGCUGAUCAUGUUGUCUGUGAAGAGGAGUUUAAGUAUGCCAUGUUAGCUUUAAACUGCAUAUGCCCAGCAACUUCUACCCUUAUCACACUAUUGGUCCAUACCUCUAGAGGACAAGAGGGCCAACAGUCACCUGAACAGUGGCAGAAGAUGUAUGGAAGAUGCUCUGGUAAUGAAGUGUACCACAUUAUCAUGGAAGAAAGUACAUUUUUUGCUGAAUAUGAGGGAAAGAGUUUCACAUAUGCCUCUUUCCAUGCACACAAAAAGUUUGGUGUCUGCUUGAUUGGUGUUAGGAGGGAAGAUAAUAAAAACAUUUUGCUAAAUCCAGGUCCGCGUUACAUUAUGAACGCUACAGACACGUGCUUUUACAUUAAUAUCACCAAAGAAGAAAAUUCAGCAUUUAAGAACCAAGACCAGUUAAGAAGAAACAAUGCAUCAAGGUCAUUUUAUCAUGGGCCUUCCAGGUUACCAGUGCAUAGUAUAAUUGCCAGUAUGGGUACUGUGGCUAUUGACUUACAAGAUACAAGCUGUAGAUCUGCGAGUGGCCCUAACUUGGCUCUUCCUCCAGAGGGGAGCAAAGACACCAGGAGACCUAGUAUAGCUCCUGUUUUGGAGGUUGCAGACACAUCAUCAAUUCAAACAUGUGACCUUCUAAGUGAUCAGUCUGAAGAUGAAACAACACCAGAUGAAGACAUUUCUACCAAUUUAGAGUAUGCUAAAGGCUACCCCCCUUACUCUCCAUAUAUAGGAAGUUCUCCCACUUUUUGUCAUCUCCUUCAUGAAAAAAUUCCAGUUUGCUGUCUAAGAUUAGACAAGAGUUGCCAACAUAACUAUUAUGAGGAUGCAAAAGCUUAUGGAUUCAAAAAUAAGCUAAUUAUUGUUGCAGCUGAAACUGCUGGAAAUGGAUUGUAUAAUUUUAUUGUUCCUCUCAGGGCAUAUUAUAGACCAAAGAAAGAACUUAAUCCCAUAGUCUUGCUAUUGGAUAAUCCGCCAGAUAUGCAUUUUCUGGAUGCCAUCUGUUGGUUUCCAAUGGUUUACUACAUGGUGGGCUCUAUUGACAACUUAGAUGACUUGCUUAGGUGUGGAGUGACCUUUGCUGCUAACAUGGUGGUUGUGGAUAAAGAGAGUACUAUGAGCGCAGAGGAAGACUACAUGGCAGAUGCCAAAACUAUUGUAAAUGUGCAAACUCUCUUCAGGUUGUUCUCAAGUCUAAGUAUUAUCACAGAACUCACUCACCCAGCCAACAUGAGAUUUAUGCAGUUCCGGGCCAAAGACUGUUACUCUCUUGCUCUUUCCAAACUGGAAAAGAAAGAACGGGAGAGAGGCUCUAAUUUGGCAUUUAUGUUUCGACUGCCUUUUGCUGCUGGGAGAGUUUUUAGCAUCAGUAUGUUGGAUACACUUUUGUAUCAGUCAUUUGUGAAGGAUUAUAUGAUUUCUAUCACCAGACUUCUGUUGGGGUUGGAUACCACACCAGGAUCAGGAUUUCUUUGUUCUAUGAAAAUCACGGAGGAUGAUCUGUGGAUCAGAACAUAUGCCAGACUUUACCAGAAGCUAUGUUCUUCUACAGGUGAUAUCCCCAUUGGAAUCUACAGGACUGAAUCACAAAAACUUAGAACAUCUGAGUCACAAAUAUCAAUCAGUGUAGAAGAUUGGGAAGACACCAAAGAUACCAAAGAGCAAAGUCACCAUCGCAACAACCACCGUAAUUCAACAUCUAGUGACCAAUCAGAUCACCCGUUGCUGAGGCGAAAGAGUAUGCAGUGGGCACGUAGGCUCAGUAGAAAAGUUCCAAAGCAUUCUGGUAAAACAGCUGAAAAAAUAAGCCAACAGCGACUGAACCUGUAUAGGAGAUCAGAACGACAAGAGCUUGCUGAACUAGUGAAAAACAGAAUGAAGCACCUGGGUCUCACUACAGUGGGAUAUGAUGAAAUGAAUGAUCGCCAAGGCACCCUUUCAUACAUCCUGAUCAAUCCUUCUCCUGACACAAGACUGGAAGUUAAUGAUGUUGUGUAUUUAAUUCGACCAGAUCCCUUGGCAUACCUUCCAAACAGUGCACCCAGCCGAAAAAGUAGCAUCUGUAAUACCACUGGACCUGACACUCGAGAAGAAACACAGCUUUGAUACACUUCAUAAUAAAAAACACUAUUUUUCUACAGAGUACCUUGAUUCCAUCAAUACUACUUCUACAGAAAAAAAUGCUGCUGGCAUGAAAUAAAUAGGGUAGAAUAUAAUUUAUUCUAUUCUACUAACAAAACCCACCGUGAAUCUUAGAUUAUCUUGAAAGCUAUGUUCCAGUUAUCAAUUCCAUUUUUUUCCAAUGGAUAUUUAAAAGGCAUUAGUGGAGUGACUCCAAAGAGCAAGAUUAAGAUACAAGAACAAAUAUGAAAUUUAUCAAGGCUUCAAUAUUGGUCCUGACAAAUACAAGCAACUAAAAAAAAAGUUUAAUGGAAGGAAACAGAAAAUCAAAAUACCUAACAUACUACACAUAGUAAAUUAUUGCUGCUUAAAAAGACAUUAAAUGUACCAAGAUGUGUUCUUUAAAUCUAUCUCACAAAAAAGAAAAUUUCCCAGCAAUGUCUGUUGCCUACAAACCCAGAAGCAAACUAUGUCAUGUGUGAUUGUUGUUAUCAAAAUCAUAGCUUCAGUUAGAAUACUUAUCUUAUAGCUUUUUUUGUCUGUCUUUUCCCAUGACAAUAUAUUCAUUUUGGAAUUGCACUAAAACUCUCUGCAGCAUGCCUUAUUGCUCACAUAAAGAAGCCAGGGGAUAAAGAAAAAGGAAGGGAAACAUGAUGUACGUGACUUUUCUUUUUAUAAUUGUGUUAAGACAUAUUUACAUAUGCCAAGAAAACAAAGAUUGAGCAGAAAAAUAAAAUGCUGGAUGGCCACAUAUAGGACCUUAGAGUGGAAAUGUUAGGUUAGUUUUCUGACAGUAUACUAAACUUAUCUUCAUUUGGCUUUUGUGCUUCAGAAUUCUUCAUCUGUCUACAUAUAAUUCAUUAGAAAGAAGUAGAUUGAAAUUUGAAGAGCAAAUGCAGAAUUAUUUCACUGUGCAUUUUUUUAAAAAAAAUUUGGAGUAUGUUUCAAAUUAUUGAAAGAACUCCUUUAUGUCUUUGGUAUUUAAAUAACCAUAAUAAUAAUAAUAAUUAUAAUAAUAAAAACUUGU